GGUGAAAUAUGUCUCUGCACCAGCAGAAUCUUUGUUCAAAGAAACAUUUGCAAUGAAUUCUUGAGAAGGUUUGUGGAAGCUGUCAAAAAGUGGAAAGUUGGAAACCCCUCAGAUCCCACAAUUGACCAGGGAGCACUGAUAAGUAAAGAACAUUUAGCAAAGGUAAAGAACUACAUCAAAAAAGCAGAGUCUGAAGGGGGUAAAAUUCUCUGUGGAGAGGGGAUCGAUACUUUGACUCUUCCAACAAGAAACCGGAAUGGGUAUUUCAUGCUUCCGACGGUCAUUACUGAACUUGCCGAUGACUCAAGUUGCAUGCAGGACGAGAUCUUUGGCCCUGUAACCUGCGUCACAGUGUUUGACACGGAAGAGGAAGUGAUCAGGAGAGCGAAUGGGGUCAAAUACGGACUGGCAGCCACUGUCUGGUCAAGGGAUGUGGGGCGGGUUCAUCGCGUUGCUAAGAAACUCCAGUGUGGAUUGGUGUGGACCAACUGCUGGCUUAUCAGGGACUUGAAUUUGCCCUUUGGCGGCAUGAAAGCCUCAGGGGUAGGCAGAGAAGGAGCAAAGGAUUCCUAUGAGUUUUUCACUGAGGUGAAAACAAUUACUAUAAAACACACUGAGAUGCACUGAUGAAAAAUAUUCCACAUCAGAAUAAACAAACACGGUGGUUUUUGCUGUGCCUGUCUUUGAAAUAGAUAAUGAGACAGGUUUGCUUACAAUGUGCCCUGAAAGCCAUAAUUUAUACUGUAAUUGCAUUGAUGGUAUAAGUUCACUGGCUAGUUGUCUGCCUGCCUGCUUCCCAUGGAGAAAAGCAGGGGUGCAAGUUGAAAGCUUGUAGCUGGAAUGUGGGUACUUUUUAGGACCGAGUGCUUAUUUUGGGGUGAUGGGGUCUGCAAAAUGCCUGUGCUUGCAGCUGCAUACUCAUCAUACAUUGAAAGCAUGUUACUUCCCCCAAGAAUCCUGGGAACAAAGCAACUUGUUAAGGGUGCUGGAACUCUGUGAGUGGUAAACUUCAGUUAGCUGUAUACUUUGUGUUAAACAAUGUGCUUUAAAUGUAUGGUGUGGAUGAGGCCUGAGUGCCUUUGUCCCAGCUUUGCAAAAGUCUCUGCUCAUAUUAAGCCUGCCUUCACCUGGUCUGCUCCCUGAGUCAUUUGGAUGGACAAUAGGAAGAUCAAAAGCUUCACAUGGGCAGCUGGAGAACACCUCCAGGGUGCUGCUGCUGCUGCACCCACGGGUGCCAAGUUAGCAACUUCUAGCUUACUGAACAGGACCAAAAUGACAAAUUCAAAUGGAAAUUCGAGAAAUUAUAACCUUAUAACCUUUUCAAAUGGAAAUUCCUUCUGUGAGCUUUGGGAAUAGGGAAAAGGACGAUUGUUUCAGAUAUAGCUUCCAUUUACAUCCACAUGAGGGCAGCAGAGUGUGUUGUUUGUUCCCCCUUGUGAAUUGCUUAGGUUUAAUAUAUUUUUAUGUACUUCAGAAAUACAUUUCUUCUGUGAUGCUUUUUUUUUUACCAUUAAUAAAAUCACUCA